UCAACCGAGGCUCAGAGCACAAAAGCAUCAACAUGGCUCGCAGCAUAUACAGCCCCUCCCCUCCUCCCCGCUCGCCGUCGCCCUCGUUCUCAAGCGUAUCUAUCAUCGACGACGACGAUACUUCAUUUAGCGAGGGAGGUGACCCUGGUCCGUCGGUUUCUCGCCCAGGUUCUCCAGCACCCGCCGCCAACGCCCAGGAAGACCAGGAAGCUGACACAGUUACCUGUCUUUGGGACGACUGUGGCAUCAUAUUCACCCAUCUUCCAACCCUCAUCGACCAUAUUCACCACGAGCAUAUUGGCGUACACAAAUCAAACUACACCUGCGAAUGGUCUACUUGUUCACGAAGGGGUCUCGCUCAGACUUCGCGAUUCGCUCUUAUCUCACAUAUCCGUUCCCAUACGGGAGAGAAGCCGUUCACCUGUUCUCGACCAGAAUGCGACAAGUCCUUCACUCGUUCGGAUGCCCUCGCGAAGCACAUGCGUCUUCAGCACAAUAUGCCACCCCCACCAUCAGGCAGAGGGGGAAAUCGAAAGCGAAAAAGAGACGAACCUGAGCCAGAGCCCCCAGCAGUCGUUCACCCCACUAGCGGUUUCAACACUUUCAAGAUCGAACCCCAGACGCCCUCCGAGCUUCACGAUGAUGGAGGCAUCCUUUCACCCGUUGACCAGAGAGGAGACUACUUUGGCUACCAAGGUGGGCCUGGCCCAUCUAGUCCGGGGAGCACUUCGCUAGAUCUGUUGGAUGACGGGGAUGAUGGACUACCCCCUCAUCUGGCUCGAGCUACGGACCCAGCCACAGGGCUGAUCUAUGGGCGUUCUCCUGACAUGAUCAGAUACCUAGUUAUGAAAGCAAAACACAGAUAUGCAUUGGAGCAACAUGCCUAUCUAAUCGAAGAACUACGCGUUUGGAGAGCUGAGCUAAAGCGUGAAAAAGAGGCGAAGGAGGCUCUAUUUGACGAUGUCUUGCGCGUUACUUUUGGACCACAAGCCGAGCCACUGUUGGCCCCGUUGCCUCCAAUGUAUCCUACAAACCAUAUUCGUCAGCCGGUUGCACCAAGAGAGGGAUAGAGCUAUUGCCGCUAGAUUCAUUGUAGAGUAUAAUUAUUUGUUGGUGAGGCACUAUAAUAUCAUGCUUACCAUUUCAUGAAAAUCAUAAUCUUGUGAGGCGAGU